CUGCUAGCUUGGUCUAGCUCUCUCUCUGGUCUCUCCGUGCCUCCGACUUCUCCAAAAAAAGAAUGGCAGUCGGUUAGGCAAACUAGCAUUGCUCUGCGUAUCUUAGUAGUUACCUCUUACAUAUAUUUCCCAGCAUCCGAAGAGAAGCUGACUCCAGACGAUGCAGCUGACCUAGUGAGUGAACUUCUGCCGACAUGGAUCAGCUCCCGUCAACUCGGUCUCAAACUGGGACUUUCCAAACCAGUGGUGGAGCACAUCCACCGCACCUUUUCCGAGCCGCAAGAUCGCCUGUUUCUAGUUCUGAUCGAGUCCACGCGGAGCGCUUCAGGGUCCAGGCCCACUUGGAAGGCUUUCGGAGAAGCUCUGAGGAGUCCUGAAGUAGAUGUGCCUGACCUAGCAGAUGAAAUAGAAUCAGCUUUUACCACAGAGAAAUUGCCCAGCUCUCAUACUCUUGAUGAAGAAGUCAAAUCAAAGCCAAAACUUGUUGAUUCAUUGAAAGGCAGGGUGAAAAGUCUUCGCACGAGAUUCCAAUCCAUCAGAAAGUCAACCAUACAGUGUCUGGAGAAAUGUCAGGUUGCGGUGGUUACGGUUGUGACUUUGGUCAACACUAUCCUUGGGUUUAACGUCAGGGACAGGCAGUCCACCGUAGAUACACAAAAGAUCUCCAUGAAUGCAAGGAUAAUUGGGACGUCUUUGGAUACCUGAACUUGUACUGGAACUAUCUCUCUUUCAAUCUCCUGAGGAAAUUGCUCGAUGAACACACUCUUAAAGGCGGCUUGCAUGCUCAUAAAACUGAAAUGUUGCUCUAUAUGCAGGAUGUAGAAAGUUUUAGGCGGGACACUAGUCUACUGUUGUACUGCAAAGCUGUUCUUCACACUGAUUUCACCCCUCCGGGAUUUCAGAAAAUGGUGACGGAACAUAAAUUUGCUGAAACUGCUACACUGCAGAGUUUGGAGGAUUUUCGUAAGCAUUUCUUGGACACAUUUGGUCUGCCAGAUUGCGUGAUGAUGCUUGAUGGACUAAAGAUGGGAUCGGUUAGAGUUAUCUGGUUCGCUCACCUACAAGCAACCGUCAUUCAGCAGCUGAAGGGAAGC